AGUCUCAGUCAGUUUGGUACAUAUUUGCAGUACAUUUGUAGCGGUAGAUUGCAAAUAUUGCAUUUGUGCGAGCACGUCGAAAUAAAAUGACGAGCUUCCUCGACGAGUUUCUAGAUCUUGGGGAGUCAUAUGCUCCUUACAACUUCUCCUGGGUAGUGGAAAAUCAACUGGCUGCGAUGGCGUGGCCCGAAACUGAAGGAAACUUAAACUUCCUGUGGCAAAAUGGCAUUAAACAUGUGGUAACAUUAUCACCGGAAAAAGUUCCUCCUAUCGCGAACUCCAAAUUAGAAUGGACGCUAAUACCAGUCGAAGAGUUUGAACCCCCAACCUUAGACAAUAUGAUCACAUUUAUAAAUAUUUGUGAGACGAGCCUUGCGAAGAAAGAGAGUGUUGGAGUGCACUGCCGAAUGGGACGGGGGAGGACGGGCGUCAUGGCUGCGUGUUUCCUGGUGCAUUUCCUGGGUUUGAGACCCGAGACAGCGGUGUAUAAUUUGAGAUGUUGGAGGCCCGGAUCAGUGGAGACAUACGGGCAAGAGAGGGCUGUUGUCGAGUAUCACGACUACCUCAGAGGGACUAAGACGAGCGCAUCAUAAUAAAUUAUAGGAAAUUGUGCUAAAUUAAUUCAAAGAAAAUGUUAUAGAUUGUGUUUUUAUUUGUCUGCAUUCCACAGUAAAAACAUUAUUCAUGUCAUUAUCGUUAUAAGUUAUAAGGAGUGUGAAAUAUAUGAAAAAUGUAGGUAUUACAAUUUGACCAUUUGGUAUUAAAUAAGAAAUUCUUAAAGGAUA